AUGUUGUACUUGAUAGGAUUAGGAUUGUCUUACGAAUCCGAUAUCACCGUCCGUGGUUUGGAAGUCGUCAAGAAAUGUAAAAGAGUUUACCUUGAAGCUUACACCUCCAUAUUGAUGGCUGCAGACAAGGAAUCACUCGAGAAGUUUUAUGGAAGGGAAGUCAUCUUAGCCGAUAGAGAACUUGUUGAAACUGGAUCUGACGAAAUCUUGGCUGAUGCUCAAACUGAAGAUAUUGCUUUCUUGGUGGUUGGUGACCCAUUCGGUGCCACUACCCACACUGACUUGAUUAUUAGGGCCAGAGAAUUGAAGAUCAAAGUUGAAGCCAUCCACAAUGCUUCUGUAAUGAAUGCCGUUGGUGCCUGUGGGUUACAAUUGUACCAAUUUGGCCAAACUGUUUCCCUUGUCUUCUUCACCGACUCUUGGAAGCCAGAUUCUUUCUACAAUAAGGUGAUGGAGAACAGAAAGAUUGGAUUGCAUACCCUUUUAUUGUUGGAUAUCAAGGUCAAGGAGCAAAGCAUCGAAAACAUGGCUAGAGGAAGAUUGAUCUAUGAACCUCCAAGAUACAUGGAUAUUGCUACUGCUUGUCAACAAUUGCUCGAAAUCGAAGAUCUCAGACAAGAACAAGCAUACACUCCCAACACUCCAUGUGUUGCCGUUUCCAGACUUGGCUCUCCAAGUCAAACUUUUAAAGCUGGCACCUUAAAGGAAUUGAGUGAAUAUGACUCUGGUGAGCCAUUGCACUCUUUGGUCAUGUUGGGAAGGCAAGUUCAUGACUUGGAAUUGGAAUACUUGUACCAAUAUGUUGACGAUCAGGAAAAGUUCAGAAAGUUCGUGGAAGAGGAUCAGGAAUUUUUCAAGCCACCACCAUAUGUUCCUCCUGAGGAAAAUAUGAGUGAUGAUGAGUAG